AUGGAUUUGGAAUUUACUGAAAAACUUCUACAAGCAGUGAGAAAUAGACCUGUUUGGUACUUAAUAAAUCACCCUGACUACAAAAACAACACAAAAAAACUACAAGCUUUGAGGGAUAUCCAGAGAGAGUUAAACGAAGAAGACUCUUUUAAAAAACUAAGCAAACGGACUCAAGUAAACGUUAAAUUUGAUAUCGCAAAAAUAUUGAUGGAAGCUGAGCUUAAUGAUCUUGAGACUGCUGAAAGAAACACGUCUUCACGUACUUCAAACUACUCAAAUGAUAUGACCAUUCAUGCUCCUGCUACUCCGGGGACCCACUGGGGAAGCAACACAUCUUCACAUACAACAACAUACUCAAGCAUGCAUGCUCCUGUUACUCAAAAUGACAGUGAGGCAGCACAUCAAGAUUCUUACGACAGUAAUACAACAAACAUACAUGCUCUUGUUACUCCGGGAAACUACUCCUUGAUAAAAGCAACAGCAUCAACUAGCAGUAGGAACGUUAUAGGACCGCAACCUUCUACAAGUGUUGAUAUUACAAAUUAUAAACUAAAUGAUAUUAUAAAUCAAGAGAACAAUAAAUCCGACAGUGAACCUCUAGCUAGCGUACUUUCACAACUAAUACCUCUGCCUAGCAUUGAUAAAGGUAAAGGCAUAGGAAAAAAACACAUCAAUCAGGAAUUCUUACUGCAUACAAGAGGCAAAGUUCCGUAUGACGAGAGUGCCUUAGAAAAUAUUGAAAUUCCGCUAAACAUCCAGAAAAAUACUCAGAAAGAGCGUGAUCAGUCUGUGUGCACGAUAUGCCUCGAGGAGGGAAUACUGAGAGAAAUCUGGUACCGUUGCCGUCUCUGUGCUGGAUGGGCUCAUGAGGCAUGUACAGGAUGUGAUGAUCCAAAUCGCUAUCGCUGUGAUUUUUGCAUUUAA